CCCCGCCGUCGCCGCCGCCGCCGCUGCCGCCGCUGCCGCCGCGCACCCCCGGCCCCCGAAGCCGGCGCUGCAGGAUGCCGGGGGGCAAGAGAGGGUUGGUGGCACCGCAGAACACCUUCCUGGAGAACAUCGUCCGGCGAUCCAGCGAGUCCAGUUUUUUGUUGGGAAAUGCCCAGAUUGUGGACUGGCCUGUAGUUUAUAGUAAUGACGGUUUUUGUAAACUCUCUGGAUAUCAUCGCGCCGACGUCAUGCAGAAAAGUAGCACUUGCAGUUUUAUGUAUGGUGAACUGACAGACAAGAAGACCAUUGAAAAAGUCAGACAGACUUUCGACAACUAUGAGUCAAACUGCUUUGAAAUUCUCCUCUACAAGAAAAACAGAACUCCAGUUUGGUUCUACAUGCAAAUUGCUCCUAUAAGAAAUGAGCAUGAAAAAGUGGUUUUGUUCCUGUGCACUUUUAAGGAUAUCACUUUGUUCAAGCAGCCAAUAGAAGAUGAUUCAACAAAAGGUUGGACAAAGUUUGCACGGUUGACACGGGCCCUGACGAACAGCCGGAGUGUGUUGCAGCAGCUGACGCCGAUGAACAAAGCUGAGGUGGUGCACAAGCAUUCCCGCCUGGCUGAAGUUCUCCAGCUGGGAUCUGAUAUUCUUCCUCAGUACAAGCAGGAAGCUCCAAAGACUCCACCGCACAUUAUAUUACAUUAUUGUGCUUUUAAGACCACUUGGGACUGGGUCAUCUUAAUUCUAACCUUCUACACGGCAAUUAUGGUUCCAUAUAACGUCUCCUUCAAGACAAAGCAGAACAACAUUGCCUGGCUUGUGCUGGACAGUGUCGUGGACGUUAUUUUUCUGGUUGACAUUGUUUUGAACUUUCAUACAACUUUUGUUGGCCCUGGUGGAGAGGUUAUAUCUGAUCCCAAACUCAUAAGGAUGAACUACCUGAAGACGUGGUUUGUGAUUGAUCUUCUGUCCUGUUUACCGUAUGACAUCAUCAAUGCCUUUGAGAAUGUGGAUGAGGGGAUCAGUAGCCUCUUCAGUUCACUAAAAGUGGUGCGUCUUCUCCGACUUGGUCGAGUUGCCAGAAAGUUGGACCAUUAUCUGGAAUAUGGUGCUGCCGUACUGGUACUGCUGGUGUGUGUGUUUGGACUGGUGGCCCACUGGCUAGCCUGCAUAUGGUACAGCAUCGGGGACUAUGAAGUUAUAGACGAAGUCACUAACACAAUCAAAACAGAUAGCUGGCUCUACCAGUUGGCACUGAGUAUUGGGACACCAUAUCGAUACAACACCACUGGCUCAGGGCAGUGGGAAGGAGGACCCAGUAAAGACUCCUUGUACAUAUCCUCUCUCUACUUUACCAUGACAAGCCUUACAACGAUAGGAUUUGGAAACAUAGCACCAACCACGGAUGGAGAGAAGAUUUUUUCAGUGGCCAUGAUGAUGGUUGGCUCUCUUCUUUAUGCAACUAUUUUUGGAAAUGUCACCACUAUUUUCCAGCAGAUGUAUGCCAACACCAACCGAUACCAUGAAAUGCUCAACAAUGUGAGAGAUUUCCUAAAAUUAUAUCAAGUCCCAAAAGGCCUUAGUGAAAGAGUCAUGGAUUAUAUUGUCUCAACCUGGUCCAUGUCCAAAGGAAUUGACACAGAGAAGGUUCUCUCGAUUUGCCCAAAGGACAUGAGAGCAGAUAUCUGUGUGCACCUAAACCGAAAGGUUUUUAAUGAGCACCCUGCCUUCCGGCUGGCCAGCGAUGGCUGCCUGCGAGCCCUGGCCGUGGAGUUUCAGACGAUCCAUUGUGCCCCGGGGGACCUCAUCUAUCACGCUGGGGAGAGUGUUGAUGCUCUUUGCUUUGUGGUCUCAGGAUCCCUAGAAGUCAUCCAGGACGACGAGGUGGUGGCUAUUUUAGGUAAAGGUGAUGUGUUUGGUGAUAUCUUCUGGAAGGAAACCAGUCUGGCCCACGCAUGUGCCAAUGUACGGGCUCUGACAUACUGCGAUUUACAUAUUAUUAAACGAGAAGCCUUGCUUAAAGUGUUGGACUUUUAUACUGCUUUUGCCAACUCCUUCUCGAGGAACCUCACUCUCACCUGUAAUUUGAGGAAACGGAUCAUCUUCAGGAAGAUCAGUGAUGUCAAGAAGGAAGAAGAGGAGCGCAUGCGCCAGAAGAAUGAGGUGACACUGAGCAUUCCUGUGGACCACCCCGUGCGGAAACUCUUUCAGAAGUUCAAACAGCAAAAGGAGAUGAGGAAUCAAGGCUCAACCCACAUCGACCCAGAAAGGAACCAGCUUCAGGUGGAAAGUCGGAGUGUGCAGAAUGGGGCCUCUAUCACAGGCACCAGCGUGGUCACUGUGUCUCAGAUCACCCCCAUCCAGACAUCCCUGGCUUAUGUGAAAACCACUGAGGCAGUGAAGCAGAACAACAGGGAUGCAAUGGAGCUCAAGCCCAACGGGAAUGGAGAUCAAAAGUGUCUCAAAGUGAACAGCCCCAUGCGGAUGAAAAAUGGAAAUGGGAAAGGGUGGCUUCGACUGAAGAACACGAUGGGGACCCACGAGGAGAAGAAGGAAGACUGGAACAACGUCACAAAGGCUGAAUCAAUGGGGUUGCUCUCUGAGGACCCUAAGUGUAACGACUCAGAGAAUGGUGUAAAUAAAAACCCACUGAGGAAAACAGACUCUUGUGACAGUGGAAUAACUAAAAGUGACCUUCGCUUGGAUAAAGCCGGUGAGACUCGCAGCCCCCUGGAGCACAGCCCCAUUCAGGCUGAUGCUAGGCAUCCCUUCUACCCUAUUCCUGAGCAGGCCUUACAAACCACGCUGCAGGAAGUCAAGCACGAACUCAAAGAAGAUAUCCAGCUGCUAAGCAGCAGGAUGGCUGCCCUUGAGAAGCAGGUGGCAGAAAUUUUAAAGAUAUUGUCUGAAAAGAACGUACCCCAGGUCUCUUCCCCCACAUCCCAUUUAUCACCCCAGCGGCCCCCCCAGAUACCUUGCCAGGAUAUUUUUAGUGUUUCGAGGCCUGCAUCACCUGAAUCAGAAAAAGAUGAAAUCCACUUUUAGCAUAUACCUAUGUGUAUAUAUGUAUACAGUAUAUAUGCAGAGGUGUAUAUAUACCUUUAUACAUAUAUAGGUGUGUGUAUAAGGUAAAUAUAUAUACAUAUAUAUUUUCACUUGCAUCCAAUAUGACUUGAACACACCAAGGAUUUUGAUAUGUAAAUAUUGCAUGUCCAGCUGGAUUCUGGCCUGCCAAAGAAAACAAUUAUUAACAUAGAUAUUGCUUGUAUAAUAUGCAGUUGACUGCAUGCACACUUUACAUUUAUUUAUAAUCUCUAUUAUGUAAUAAAAGAAUGACUUUUGUUUAACAAAGGCAAUGUACUAUUUAAAGAAUCAGGGUCUAACCUGCCAAUAUUGCCAUGACAGUUUUGAUCUCAGGCUGGGUGAACUGAGCUUUUACUUCCUCACUGUCUUUUCUGCCAAGUUAGGCAGUAGGUUAAUGUGACAUGGAGGACAUGUUCAGACUUCAAGUAGUACCAUUUCCUGGUAUCAUUCCAUUACAAUAUACUGUAUAUUUGGUAAUAAGUCCCCCUACUCCUCCUAAAGGGUAGGCUCAGCUCAGUUGACAGGGAAGGGCACCAUGUUGGGUGCUGAAGUAGAUCACUGGAAUUUAUUCGUGUGGACGUUGUGCAUGCACAGCCUUCUCUUUCAAGUAUCCUCCUGCUCUUUUAACAUCGUAAGUAAGACAUAGUAAUGGUGAUGUAUGUAAUGAAAUGCAACAAACAGAAGCUCUCUCAGCUGCACACCCUGUCUGUUUGGGGGUAACAUCUUUCUGAAAAGCCUCCUUUUAUUGAUGCAGUUUUUACUGAAUCGUUAGAGUAACAUUAUGUAGAUUCUCUUUGCAGCACUUGGCAAUGGUGUCCGCUUCUGUCAGUAUCUUCAUUAGGAUGUCCUGUUCUUCAGAGGUUGCUCUCCCUCUGUCCCCUUCAUUGCCUCUGGCAAAAUGACUUUGAAUGAGGUCUGAGCAAGGGAGAUAGCAGUCAUGCUUCAGCUGCUUGGGAGCCUAGGGAGCAGAUUUGGGAAGCUGGAAGUUAAAAGACUGCAGUGAAUCCCCCCUUCUGAGGUUGUUUAUCCAUCUGAAGCUACCUUUGAGAAAGAGAGAAAAUCAACAGCCAGGAUGGGAAGUUGGUGAUGGUAAAAUUCCCUUUAGCCUGUGGCACUCGGUUGAUGUUGGGGUAGGAGACUGGUGGGUGUGAUGUGGGAAGAUGUCCUUCUUGCCUUGGACUUGAUGAAGCUUUCAGUGGAUAGGAUGUGAAGAUUUGUGUGCAAGCUCUCUGCAUCCACACCACCAGUUGUUAGGCAUAUUAAGGCCAGUAGUUCUGUUUUAGGUGCUCUGACCUUCCUCUUGGCUGGCUCCCAUCAGCAUCUUCCAUUCUUGAUCUGUGCUCAGCCUCCUCUGCCACUUAGACCGAUGCACUGCCCUUUGUGAUGGCUUUGCAGGGCAUGCUUUUGCAUUUGACCCUGUUUUUUCUGCUACUGGGAGCUGAGCUCUUGGACUCUGGGUCUGAUGUUGGGCAUGGUGUGGGUAUUUUUGCCUCUUUGCACUGUGUGAGAAUUCAGGUAGACACUACAGUCAGCAGAAGAGGCCAUCAUGGCAGAGCUACUGGUGGCAGAGCAGAGGGCAGCAGCUCCUUCAGAGAAGGACAUCUCUACCACACUUCAGUGGCCUCUCACAUUAAAGUCCCAUGUUUUCAGAAGUGCCUGGAGUAAAACAUAUGUAUCAGCCACAAGGCAUCACUAUCAAUCAGGUAAAUAAAAGGCAUCUUUAUAAUCAGUGGGUAUCCGUACCAGAAAUGUUACUUCACAUUAGGAAACUAAGUUGAACUAGAUGACUUCUUGAGAAACCAAAAAAAAUCCAAAGCAAACAAAAAACAGCCAACCAACCAACAUCUGUAGUAGUGGCAAUUAGGAACCUGCAUCACAUCUCCUGCUGUGAAAUCCAAACCCAUAAGCUACAAAAGGAUCUUAGAAAAGCCAAAGAAGCCAUUGCUUCUGCUGUAUCAGCUCGUGGAAGGACAACAGUGAUCUUUCUCCUUUGUUAUUCCUUUCUGGCCCAUUUCUGCCUCUCUUUCGGUCUCUUUCUUCAUGAAAUCAUAGAAAAAAAAGAAAGUAGAAUCACUGAAAGGGACAACUCUUCCUAAAGGCUGAUGUUAGCCUGCUUGCUCAUCGUGCUUUCUGCAGCUGCAGGUGCGAUUGUCAAACAGGGCAGCUGUAUUUUGCAGCUGCUCUUCUGACACAAGUACAGAUCUGCAGCCACACUUUGGUCAGCAGGGACAAUCUGCACUCGCAGAACAGCGGAACUUUCAGAGUCCUGCUCUAAACCUUCCCCUGGUACUCUGACAGAGCUGUGGGGUUGCAGCGUUCAGGAGUUACAGGGUUGCAGCAGGCUGCUGGAGCAUGCACGGACCUUGGCAGGUACAACUUAAGUGCCAAGUUUUGAAGAUGCGGCUGUUGUUGCCUGGCUGGAUUUGUGGCUCAGCCUCACAGCAGCUUAGCUCCCUCUGCCCUGAACUAUGCAGUCAGCAGCAGAGCCAUGUGGCUGCCUGGGUUGUGGUUGAGUCGAGUUCCUUGCAUGCAUGAGUAUGCCCUGAAAGAACCAGCAGGGUGGUAGGGGUGACUCUGUUAGAAAGCUUUAGCCUUAAUGGCAUUCCUCUGCCUUUGUGAAGGACUUUUUCUGUUUCUCUGUAACUGAUAUUAACUCUAGCUAGAACUGCAUGGCAUGCAAAGGGAUCUCUGUAUCAGUUUAUCUUGCAAGUCAGAUGUAACUUUGUGCCACCUUACAAUGAGAGAUCAUGUAAUAGGAUUAAUCUAACCUUGAAAAUUAUUUGAGCCCGGAAUGUCUAUUGCAGUUCAAGUGCAACUAUACUGGUUAAAACACUAUAAAUAAUGUAAAAUAGUAAGUUCCUGAAACAAAUGCAGCAUUUCCAGGGUCACUUUGCUUCAACUCUGAUAUUCUAGUGUUGUCUGUUGUUCAGUGGAACUGGCUGGUGCCUUGCUCAGUCCGUAGUGUGAUGGGUGUCUUGCAAACAACAAAACUCUCUGUGCAGAUGGUCUCUGUGUGCUGGGGGUGCAGCUGGAGCUUCAACUCCAAUUACUGCUGUGCUGAAAAUACGUUUUAUACAGUUCGGAAGCAUUUUGGAGCAUAAUAUGUUGUUUCAUGGAGUUAUUGCUGGGGCACUUGUUCAGCUUUCCCAUCUGCUAAUGGCAGUGCAUGGUGUGAUCCAGCACACUGCCGGCUGGAGCGUCCCUCUCCUGUUCAAGAAGCAUGAGUCCGUGUUGCAUUCAGCCUUGACUCAAAGCAACCACCUACAGCCGUGCAGUAAGGGACCACACGUGUCCCUUCCACCUAUGCCAGCAGCCACGUGCUGCAUGCAGGGAGCUCUCAGCUGCAUGCUUUCCUUUCCUGUAAGAGCUGCAUACGUGUACAGAUGUUCCUGCCACGCCUGGUAGCGGUGUUCAUAGCACGUACAGUGUGCUCCGUGUGUUCCAAGCAUUUUAGCCACACACAAGUGGAUUUUAUCUUUCUGGAUAAGGUAUGAAUAGAAAUAAAACAUGUAAACACUUUCCAAGGCAUACAAACUAGAAUACUUCAAAUAGCAUUUUUGUGUAAUACUACCUAUAUGAGAUAGAACAGCACUUCUGGCUAAUAGCUGAAAAAAAUAACUAUUGUAGUGGAGAUAUAGAGGGGAAAUAUCCCUCAGUUCUUCUGAUUUUGUAUUUGUAUGUCCUGUUUUCUAUGUUUUUGUCUUUGCCAGGGGGCAAGGGUUAGAGCAGGGCUGGCUCUGGAAGUGACAAACUUAAGCAUUGCCAAUUUUUCUUUUCCCUGUUCUGCAGAAGUAGCGCAGCUGUAGGGAUUUGAAGCUGCUGGCACUGAUGUUUGGGCUCAUUGCUAGAUCCAAACUGAGUCUUCAUUCACCACCGUGUGGAAAGCAAUCCUGUUACACAGGUGUGAGCUGAAGUUUGAAUCUGAUGAACUUAUGGAACCAUACAGUGUGUUUUGGAUUCCAGGACAAUUGUAGAGAACUGCAGGCUGCAGAAUUAAUGUUGCGCUAUUUGCAAGCAGCGAGCAGUCGCUCUGGAAGGAACCCAUCGUUUGCAUGGGUCACAGAACAGAUGCGUUCAUAAAAGAGCUUGGAGGCUGUUUUGGGAAAAAGGCAUCCUGAACUGGAAGGAAAAAAUCCACAAAAGCCAAAGGUUUAAUGUGCAACUUGGGAGUGAGGAGGAGGAAGUGGGAUGCAUUACAGUGACUUGACGCUUUCUUACUUGGAUUUGGAGCAUUUGGAAACCCCAGGCCGAUCUUUAUGGAUGUCAGAAUUGGACAGAUGAUUGUUUGUUGAAUAUUUUUCUUAAGUGAAGUGCCAUCAAAGCAAUACUCAAUUUUUAAGAAAGCACAUUCAAAUAGCAGUUUCCUGCAGAAGAGAGUUUUUACAGAUCUUGUUACAGUUGGGUUUAGCAGGCUGGAUCUAAAAGCUUUAUUCAGUUCCUUUUUUGAAGCAAAAGCUUGUGUUAACACAUAUCUUCAAGCCUAUACAUCAGUUGUGCUUUAUAGUUUUGCUGCCAACAUGCUUGAUAGGGAGUGUUUAAGAAGUGGGGUUCCUUUGGAGAAAAGCAUCUCAUCAUGGUACCCUGUGCUCUGUGACUCCAGUCCUGAGCUGUAGGAGUUAAACAUUUCUCUUGGCACUUGUGCAUCUGCACUGGUUCCAUUUAGGGAAUUUAAGGGGAGAAAUAGAAUAGUUGAUGCAGUCCUUUACUCAGAUGGCCCUACUCUUUACCUAUGUCUCUGCCACCAGAGCACCUUCUUAUGGUGUCCACAGGGAAGGAAGGUUGGAUCAGACCAGACCUCAACAUCUGAGAACAGGUUUUGUCAUUUCCCCUUAUUUUUUUCCAUACAAGCAACUAAUGUGAUCUCUGAUUUUUCUUAUUGGUUUUAAUGUGUUGAGGCGCAUUUCAAAAGAGAAUACAUUCUUAAAGCAAAUUGCUGACUGGAGCUAAAAUAGAUAAAAAGAAAGAAAUGUCUUGCUUUUUCUGGCAGAAAAGCAAGAAAUGUUCAUACUGACAUAAAGAAUAUUGUGCAAAGAUCAGCGUCGUGAUACCCUACAAAUGACAAACAAAAUAAAAUCAUCAUUCCUGAGGGUGCAUUUAAUAAUACAGAAAAUUGACCUUGUGCUUUGCUGUGGGAUGAGGAGACUUAUUUUGAUUUUGAACACUCAGAUGAUACAACCAUUCAAAAAGGGCUUGUGCAGGCCAUAGUAAAUAAAUUAUGUGGAUUUAUUACAUUAAUCUGCCUCCUGUUGCAAGGCAGGUGGAUUCAAGCAUCUGAGGCAGUAUUAUUUCCUCAUGGUUUUCUGCUCAGAGAUGCGAGCUUGCUUGGCCCACAGUCUGAGACUGCUGAUGUGCACCAACUCUGUAUCUGUCUGUCCACCAUAAAUAUGUCAAUUGGCCUUAAUUAAAAGCCCUAUAAAAAGAACUUUGUAUUAGCUUGGGGUCAGCCACCCCAAUAACAUGUCUGUCAGUUAUCUGGUCCAGAGCACAACUCACAGUCAUCAAUGGCAAAGUAAAUGUUUCUGCCUGUUUGCUAAGGAUAUAUGGGCAUAUCAUAGGUGUAUAUACCUGCCCAUUUGCAGUAGAGACAGAUCAGGCCCAUUGGAGUCAGGUGUUUCAGAUGAGUGGAAUAAAUAAUGCUCCAGAGGUGUUAGUCUCCCACCACUUACAGUAGAGUAACGAGUUCAGAUUAGACACUUGAUUUGUAGACUGCUGGAGGGCAGGUUAAGAGAAUGCAGCCUGUAACUCAAGCUCCCAGCCUGAUCCUGCUUGUAUGAAAAGGUGCCCCUAAAAGAAACCACUUACCAUCUUUCCAUCACAGAGGCACUUUCAUACAGGGAAAACUGAAAUGUCUCAGCAUGCACCCAGAAACAAAGUGUUCGGCUCCUAAGCUGCUGAGACAGCUCCCUAAAAACACUCAGGUGCUUGGUUCUUGGCCAGUGGUGAUUGGGUUUUUAACUUUUUACUCCAGUAUCUUUGUAUGAUACUCCAGGAAUCCUCAUUUGGGGAUCUUUGCCUGCCAUGGGGCAUUAAGAAUGCCAGGAGUCUCAUAGCUAGGCUGUGUUGUGCUGUGGAAAGAGGAUGAAUCUUGGAAGUGUUCAACAGAGGGAAAAUAUGUGCUGGAGAGCUUCCAAAGUAGAGAGUGACUGACCAUCAGGUGAUUGCCCAAAGUGAGCAGAGCCCUGGCUCCAUAUUGUGCAACGUGGGAGAGAGAGGGGAGAGGAAAGGAAAGGAUAUAAAGAAUGAGGGUCCACAAAUGGCCACACGUUGCUGAAGUUAUUUUUUAUUAGUCCCUAUAUAGUAGUUGUUGGUGCUUUGUAAUUUAUUUAUCUGGAAGCUGGCAGGGUCGUGUUUCCUAAAGUUCUAUGGACUGUGCAUCAUCACAGCAUAUGGGCUCUGACUUUGAAGCUGACCCUACUUUGAACAGGACCAAAGGAUUUCCCAGCAGUCCUGCCUGAGAUGUGUUUUUGUAUCACUGGCGUUUCUGGAGGUUUUAGUAGCACAAAUGGGAAGUGAAAUAUGAGAGUUCUCAGUUACAUCUCAUUAUCUUCCAGUUUUUGAUAUAAACUUAUUGAGGAAUCUGAUGUCAGGUUUCAAGGUAAAAUGUGUUUCUAAGAGCUGAUUCUUAUCAAGAAGACACCAGAGAAAUUUGGCGUGAUCUGACACUACACCAUUUAAAUGAAUUAAACCAUUCGCUUGGUAUCAGCUAACAUCCACAGUCAGUGCCAAAUGCUGAGAAGGAUGUCUUGGUGACCAUGCAGUUUCUGGAAGCAGUGGACUAAGACAGAUACUUCUGCAACAUCCAGCCUCUUCCAGCCUCUUCCCCAGCCCAUUGAAAAGUGAUUGUGAUGUCUAGAAAUGCCAUAAAAAAAAAUCAAUUGCAUUUGAGCUGAUUUUCAGUGUUGCACUGGCAGAGAUCCGUGGGCUAUUCUUACUCUUCUGAAUUCAGCCUUUUGUUCUCAUUGUCAGCAUGUUGACACCAUUACUUAAGCAGGAUGGGACUGUCCAUAGAGUCUGACUACAUCUAUGGGGCCCAUGCACAUCCCUAGAGGCUGCUCCAGCCCCAUUCCCAGGCUCAUCCUCUGUUCUCAUGGUGUGAUAUUACAGGCUCAUCCCAAGUUUACUCAUGACCCUUUUAGGUUUAACUGGAAAACUGCUUUUCUAAACACUCUGACUUUCUGUGUGCCCCUGCUGUCUUGCAGAUUUACUCAAAAAAUCCUUUCCAAACCACGGCUUAGCAGUGAAUUUCCAAGUAAAUCAAGCAUGCCAAGGCAAACCUUCCAUUCUCAUUCUUAUUUUAUUAAACACACCUUAAUUUUUGUUUUAUAUUGGGCACUUCUUUGUGGUCUUGAACAUUAUAGUAUCCCGUAGGGAUGGCAAGGACUGGAAUGUUUGUGUUUUCUAAUGAGGUUUUCUAAUGAGAAAGGGAACUCAAAUGAGACACCAGCUUCAUGUUCAGUCCAAUAUCUGCCACGUGUGACUCUUUUCUCUGUUCUCCUCCUGCAGUUACAGCUUAGUUGAAGUUCAGCACUGGCAGCACUUUGAAUUGAUGCCAUCCAGUGCUACUAAAGGUCCUCUUUAUUUCCUCCAGACUACCCUACAGCUCUACUCAUCAUUUCCUUGUGAGUUAUGCAGGGAUGCUCAGGUGCUUUCCUGUCUUGGACUUAUUUCAGAAGAGUUUCCUAUUUGAUUCACCUGUUUUCUCUGUUGUUAUUUGGUUUUCCUAGAACAAAAAGCCUGUUUUGUGUUGGUAGGUCAGGAGAAGACAUGCAUGGCUUGUUUCAAGCCAGCAAAGAGCAGCAAUGCCAUACACUUCACUUUCAGGAUGAUGGAGCAGUUGAGGCUGCUUUCAGGACCAUUAGUCUGAGGUCACAGUUCAGAUUGUAAAUUGAGUGUCUUGCCCAACCUCUCAUGGAAAAAGGAGUUUUCUUCUAAAGCAAAACAAAAUUUGUGUUCUGCUUCUAAUUAUCCCUCUGGUGUCCCUGCAGGAUUAAUUACUGCUGCCUCCACUUGUAUCAUCAAAAGCCGUUUGGCCACAGCUUCUUUUUUUCUCCUUUCUUUUUAGGUAUAAUUAGGAGUUCUGGUAUUAUUGAGAAGUUCAGUCAGGUGGUACUUAAGAGUUACAGAGCUGAAAUGUCACUUAAACAUGUACCUUAAACCUGCCUUUUGAAUGCUAAAACCACCAUUGAACUUUGUGAGCUCAUGCCUCUGGGAUCACCCAUACAUAAAAUCUUUCUUCUGAAAUAAAGAGCAAAAGUGUAUUUUCAUUCAUCGUGGUGCUCCCAUGAUGUGACUAAUAGGAAAGGACCACAGGUGCAAGGAUGUGAUGGCACCUUCCAGCUCUUGCUACCACCUCUUGGUGCUCUCCAAGUUCCCAGCUGCAUUUUUUACUUAAGGGAAGGGCUGAGUGCCACCAACUGCGUAAUUCUAUCAAGUGGUAAAUUCAAUUUAUUGAGUGGGAGAGGCAGCAGCUCGCAAUAAGGCAGGAUUUGGGUUUUUUAAAUCUGCCUUGUGGGAAUUGGGCAAGCUACCAGAAAGACAAUAAGGGAUUUAUCUGGCAAUGAAUGCCAGAGGAAUGCUAAAUAUGUGAGUGGCAGAAUUUAUUAAUACCAAUGAAAAAGCUCAUUAGUGCUAAAGUGCAAAGCAACUCUGUAAAUACACUUUUCAACUGUCCCAAUAAAAUCCCUCUACUCAGACAAGGAGAACUCAGGCCUGUGCAGUGCAGAAUUGGCUGAUCAGCUUUCUCACCAAAUUCACACACAAAACACAUCUCCCCCAGCACAACAGUUUGCACUGUUACAUCAGCACAGACAAAUUUAACCUCUUUCUGUUUCCGUCGUUGCUAGUUUGACAGUCUCAAUGCUGUUCCUAGAGCUCACUCUGGACUGUUCCUCAUUUUUCUCUUUGGAUAGGUGUGCUUCCUUUUUUGCUUCUUGCUGGUUGUUGAUCGUUUGCUUGUCAGCAGAUCUGUGGUCCUAUAAGGGAAGUGGGAGCAAACAUAAAACAUGCAGCUUAUGAGAGUGCAGGGGAGGUGGAAAGGUUACCAGAUUUUUAAGGACAGUGUCCCAGCAGUAAAAAUAAUGCUUGUGGCUUUCUAAACACUGAGGUCUGCCUGCACAUUUUUGUGCAAUAGUAUUGUUGAGAGGCACGUGGCAACACAAUGUACGUGCAUUUGGCCGUGAUGUGCUUCAUAAACUUUACAUACCUAUUUGAUAUUGUUAAGCAUGACAGAAGCCCACAACUUGUUGGAGCUUUUAUGAGCAACUGCAGCUGGGGAGAUUGUGCUCAAUUCUACGUGCUUUGAAAGCUGUGUGAUCUGAAGCAAAGUACUUAUGUCCCUUCCCUUCCCUUCCCUUCCCUUCCCUUCCCUUCCCUUCCCUUCCCUUCCCUUCCCUUCCCUUCCUUCCCUUCCCUUCCCUUCCCUUCCCUUCCCUUCCUCCCAUCUUCCUUUUUUUUUUUCUCUCUGUCUCUUUCCUUCCUAGCCUCCUUUCAUUUUUUCCUCUUGUCUAGGUUAUCAGGCUACCUAUUAGCUUGUAGAAACAGGCAGAUUUAAUAAGUUAUGCUGCCCUAGCACAUCUAAUGAGAUAAUUAUCUGUUUUUCUAUUUGUGCUCAGAAGAAAUAAUAUGCUAAUAGGAGCUGUAGUUAGAGCUGAUUUGUUAAUGUCCUGCUUAAACACCAGCCAGUGGCUCAGUGGUACAGUAAAGGGAUCUCAGCAGAUCUGCUAAACACUGUUUUUCAUUUGGAAGGUAAAUACCUUUGGACUUGGAGAAUCCUGCGUAAGAAUUCUUACUAAGUGGAAUUAUUAUCCCACUAGUUUCACUAACUCCCACCCAGGUCUGAGGCACAAAGAUGGAUUUCUGGUGUGGACUGAGCUUUCUGAAAGCCAAGAACUGGUGGUACUGGAAGUUUAAUUUCCAGCCCUUGUCUAAUGCAAAUGUGUCCCUACAGAAAGCAUGCCAAAUGUCAUCAAAAUGUAGAGGAUGUGUUUGAAGCUUGGGACAGCUAGGUAAAUCUCCAUAAAAUCAGGACCAAUCAGAGGAAAGGGCACUCUAUAAUUAAUAUGUAUUUGAAUCCAGAUAACUUAUUCUCAGUGUCUGAAUUGUCAGUAAUCUCCAUCCAAAUUAACUGCUCAAAAUUCAUGACUGUCUAGAAUAUCUUCAUACAAGACAAUAUGUACAUCAGCUGUGCAAACUCUCUCUGGGGAAAAGAACAGUUAAGAAUAAAGUUAUUAUCGCUGCUGUGGAGAGGGACAGUGACAGAGACAGGGGGUGUGCACUGGGUGCUGCUGGCCCAGACAUGGCCUAAAGUGCUCCAUUUUUGAGCCCUUUUGGGUUUCUUCAUAUCCACUCACGUAAGAGGUAGGAGCAGAGCAUUGUGCAGUGGCAAAGCAGCUUGCAUAAUGCUUCAUGAAGUAUAGCCCCUUCCCCAAACCAGGCUUUGAAGGGUGAAUUCCCAGCUCCAUGGUGUGCCACCUCUCCCUCCUCCGUCCUUCUGAAAUGCUUGUGAGUUCCCACUCACCUUUAGACAAUGAAGUCAUUCUGGGCUCUUAGGGGAAUUAAAAUCUGGGGAAUGUGAACUGGGAGGAAAGGAGGAUGGGGGCUGGGAAUGGUCUUUUGUCUGUGCAGCCCCAGCUCCUCAGGGGUGCCAGGUGAUAGCAUCUCUGCACAGCGUGCUCAGGCUACUCACACCAUUGGUGGCAGGUGGAGACUUCCUAAGUCAUCACAAAGCACCUCGCUACUAUCAGAACUGUCUAGAUUUUGUUCCUAGGCUUCCUCCUCCCCCUGAAUGGCAACUGAAAACAUGAGCAUGGCUUAGUGGGUAUGAUGACAAUGGGUUGACCAUUGGAUGAGAUGAUAAUAUGGUCUUUUCCAAGCUUUAUGAUUCUAAGCUGAGCCAGGAGCUGCUGCACCAUUGAUCUGUGUGGGGAAAGGCUGAACCUACAACCACGCCAGCUCACUCUUACAAAACCUGCAGUCUCUGCUUAGCACCCACCCCACCCUUCAUUCCUAUCUCCUUCCCUGCUGUAACACCGCUGUGUGGCCAAGGUGUGGGGUUUUCCCUUUCCCUGGGAUCUGUGGGUUUCCAGCCCUGUGCUCAUGCUGUGACACCUCACUCAGCAUCCCUGAGCACCCAGCAGGGCUGAUCCUGUGACACUAAUCCUUGGUUUGUGAGAGUGGUUCCACUGAAAUUAGCAGGACUUUCUUCCCAAGGGAGGAUUAAUUCAGAGGAGCAUAAUGGGCUUUAAAACCUCCUUUUACCCUUAGGUCCUUAGUUUUGCUUUCACAUUUCAAGGUGUUCAGUUAGCAGAAAAGGCACCGCCCAGAUAAUCCCACAUGUGACCCUGUUUAUAGAGAAAUUGGGCAAAACAACUGGUUUUAAAAGCUCCUCUUGGAAAAACGGGCCUACAGAGUAACUGCAGCUUUUGAAUGUAUGUGAUUCACAGACACUGGACUGAGGGGAGAGAAAUAUUUUGUGAAAACUCUUUUUUUUUUUUUCAAGGGAGAAAUGGAGGGAAUGGGUUGUUGCUCAGAUGAUUCUUUUGUUACUACUUACUGCUGUUUGUACGCUUGCCAAUGCAGACGGCAUUUGUGUUACUGGUGAUAUUUUUGAACAGCCCAGCUAUCUUUUUUGCUGUUGUUAAUAUACUGAGGAUUUGGGAGGAUUUUAAAUGCCUCUGCCCUUCAGGAUUAUUUCUACAAAAGCAAUUAAGAACUGUAUUUUGACAGCAGGAAGCUUAUAAAAACCUGGAGAGAAAUAAUAUAUAUAUAUAUAUAAUAAUAUAUUAAAAAAAAGCAUUUGAAACUGAAUAGCUACAAAAGGAAUGCACCUCUGCUACCAUAUCGGAGAUUCACAAAGUGAUCAUGAAUGACAUCAAGGAAGGACCAUCCUUCAACUGAGACAUCAGCUCAUACAGAAUGGACGCUCCUUGACCGCUCGCCUGCCUGCUGACGAGGGACCGUGGGGACACGCUGGUGGGAGGUGAUGGUUCUGUCAUUCCUGGACAUUGCCACGUGUGGGUCAAUGCACAUUGGUUAAUCCGUAGCAAAGUUUCUUGUUGCACUUUUCUGUUUGCUAAAUUUCAACAACAAGGAAAAAAAUGUGGGUCACUUUAAAAGCAUUGGCAGACAACUGUUUCUAACCCAAAGGAUUAUGGGUUUUAGCACAAUGAACUGUACUUCUUCAGGGAGGAUCAACUUUGAUUUUUUUUUCCACACGUCUUUAUUUACAUGUGGCUAUAUUUUCAUUGAUACAGAAUAAAAAGUGCAUUUUAUUGA